AUGGCGUCCGAGGAUGGUCGACUGCUAGCCGAAUCCGUAAGAGGUCUGAUCACAUCCUAUCAUGAACUCAACCCAAACUGCGUGGACGAGCUCAGAGAGGAGCCAAGCCCUCUAGAGUUCAUGAGAUACGUCGCGCAAAACCGUCCCUUCGUCGUCAGAGGCGGGGCAUCCUCGUGGAAGUCGACGCGGAAAUGGAACGCGGCGUACCUAAAGGAAGUCAUGGCAGGCCAGCACGUCAACGUCACCAUCACCAACCAAGGCAAUGCCGACGCCAUCGUCGAGAGCGACGAAGACGGGAGCCUGAUCUUCGUCGAGCCCUUCGAGAGGGAAGAGCUCUUCUCCGACGUCAUCUCCAAGGUCCAGGCACAGGAGGCGCGCAAAGACGGCGAGGGCGGCGGAGCAGAGGUCAUCAGAUACGCGCAGACACAAAACGACAACCUUCGCAACGAGUACGAAAGCCUCUUUGCCGACGUGCCGCGCGACAUCCCCUUCGCGCGCAUCGCCCUGCAGCAGCGCGAUGGGCCCGACGCCGUCAACUUCUGGCUCGGCUCGUCGCGCAGCACCACGUCGUUGCACAAGGACAACUACGAGAACCUCUACGUCCAGGUCCUCGGCCGCAAGCACUUCACCCUCCUGCCGCCCGUCGAGGCCGCCUGCGUCAACGAGCAGCCCGUGCCAGCCGCCAAGUACGUUCCGAGGACGUCUGCGGAGGAGGUGCUUGAAGAGGGGGACCUGCACCAUCUCCGCGUGCAGAUGGCGAGUCCUGCGAAGACGGUCAAUUGGGCGCUCUGGGAUCCGGAUCAGCCCGAAGUCAGGCCCACGGCCUUUUCGAAGCUUUCGCAGCCGGUCAGGGUCACGCUUGAGCCUGGCGAUAUGUUGUAUCUGCCGGCCAUGUGGUAUCACAAAGUAGCGCAGAGUUGCUCCGACGAGGGCAUCUGCGUCGCGGUGAAUUACUGGUAUGACAUGGAUUUCAGCGGGCCGUUCUGGUCACUGUUUUCGUUUGCUCGGAGCGUGGGCGGAAUUGCGAACGGCCAUCCUUUGACGGAAAGGGGGGCAGACGAUUCUUAG